AUGAGAAGCAGACACACAGUGGAGGACAGAGAAGCAGACACACAGUGGAGGACACAGAAGCAGACACACAGUGUAGGACAGAGAAGCAGACACACAGUGGAGGACAGAGAAGCAGACACACAAUGUAGGACACAGAAGCAGACACACAGUGGAGGACAGAGAAGCAGACACACAGUGGAGGACAGAGAAGCAGAUACACAGUGGAGGACAGAGAAGCAGAUACACAGUGGAGGACAGAGAAACAGACACACAGUGGAGGACAGAGAAGCAGACACACAAUGGAGGACAGGGAAGCAGACACACAGUGGAGGACAGAGAAGCAGAUACACAGUGGAGGACAGAGAAGCAGAUACACAGUGGAGGACAGAGAAGCAGACACACAGUGGAGGACAGAGAAGCAGACACACAGUGGAGGACAGAGAAGUGGAGGACAGAGAAGCAGACACACAAUGUAGGACAAAGAAACAGACACACAGUGGAGGACAGAGAAGCAGACACACAGUGGAGGACAGAGAAGCAGACGCACAGUGGAGGACAGAGAAGCAGACGCACAGUGGAGGACAGAGAAGCAGACACACAGUGGAGGACACAGAAGCAGACACAGUGGAGGACAGAGAAGCAGACACACAAUGUAUGACACAGCCAUGGGAAUAA